AGCUGUGAGGAUCAGCACCAGCCUUUUGGAGAAGAGACAACUUGUCAGAGGAUGUCCUAUCAGGAUGAACAUGGCUCACUCAAGAAUUAACUCUCUAUUCGUCUUCUACCUCAGUUUUUUCCUGCUCCUCCACUUAAAAAAGUCACUUCCCCUGAGAAAUGAUUCCAGGUGCCCACCAAACUCCUGCCAAAAGAACUCCACAUGCAUUACUGGUCACAGAGACGAUAUUUGCCGUUGUGCGGACAUGUCACUUGAGGAACGCUUGGAGGAACUCUGCAAUAACACCUCUGAUCCUUGCUUCUCAAACCCUUGUCUUCAAAAUGCUACCUGUUCAAGUUCUGCUGGAAACCUCAAUUUCACUUGCGAGUGCCCGGAUGGGUACAAUGGGACCACUUGUGAAAUAGCCAUCAGUAUGUGUGACAGCAACCCCUGCGAACACGGAGGCACGUGCCUCGAUGGCCUGGCCAGGCCCACCUGCCUCUGUCGCACAGGAUUCACAGGUACACGCUGUGAAAUGGAUGUUGAUGAGUGCAGCUCGGAACCGUGCCACAACGGAGCUGUGUGCAGGGAUGGGAUUGAUGAAUACUCCUGCUACUGUGUCCCAGGCUAUCAAGGCAAGCACUGUGACCUGGAGGUGAAUGAAUGCGUGUCAGACCCAUGCCUGAAUGGGGCAACGUGUCUUAACCUUAUAGGGAGGUAUUACUGCAUAUGUCCACUUGGGUACACAGGCGCCAACUGCGAGCUGGAUGUGGACGAGUGCCAGUCUCUGCCGUGCCAGAACGGCGCCACCUGCCGCGACGCUCCGGCCGCCUUCUCCUGCUCCUGCCCGCCCGGUUUCCGCGGCGCCCUCUGCCAGACGGACGUGGACGAGUGCGCCAGCAGCCCCUGCCUGCACGGAGCGCGCUGCGCCGACCUGCCCGGGGGGUACAGCUGCAACUGCACUGGCACCGGGUUCAUGGGCCUGCACUGUGAGACGCAUGUACCCCCGUGCUGGUCACAGCCAUGCUACAACAACGCCACAUGUGAGGACAGUGCUGAUGGAGUCAUCUGUCACUGCUGGCCAGGCUACACCGGCUCCCACUGCGAGACCGACAUCAGCGAGUGCAGCAGCGCGCCGUGCACCUCGGGCCGCUGCCUGGAGCGCUCCUGGGCGGCCCGCUACGGCCACGAGCCCGAGCUGCCGCCGCCCUUCCGCCACGACCGCGCCGAGGGCUACGUGUGCGUCUGCCCGCCGGGCGUCCGCGGUAUUCACUGUGAUGAAGACAUCAAUGAAUGUCACAUGAACCCUUGCCAAAAUGGUGGCAUCUGUGAGAACUUUCCUGGGAAUUACACUUGCCAUUGCCCACCUGCAGACAAAGAAGGGAUUUUUUACGGCGGCUGGAACUGCACAGAAAUCCUCCAUGGCUGUACUGAUCAACAAUGCCAAAAUAAUGGAAUAUGUAUCCCACAUUUAAAAAAUGGCCAUCAUGGAUUCAGCUGCAUAUGCUCACCUGGAUAUACUGGAAUACACUGUGAAACUGUAACUACAUUUUCUUUUCAAGGAAAUGGUUUCCUUUGGUUGAAGAAUCCCACAACCACUAAAGAGGAAUUUUCCUAUAAUAUAAACCUGAGGUUUCAGACUGUGCAACCGUCAGCCUUUCUAUUUUAUCGAGGAGAGAAAGACACAUUUGUGAAGCUGGAGUUACUGAAUGGCUACUUACAUUUGUCCGUGCAAGUCAAAAACCAGCCACGGGCUCUUUUGCAUAUUUCACAUAAUGUCAGUGAUGGAGAAUGGCAUUCUGUGGAGGUAACCUUGGCAAGAGCUGUUACUCUUAAUUUACUUGACAGCUCUUGUGCAGAAUCAUGUGUCAAUAAAACUUCUGCUAUGAUAGAUAAUGAUCACGUGAGGCUUGCAUUUCAGAGCACAUUUUUGGGCAGCUUACCAGUGGGGAACAUUAGCAGCAGCUCUCAGCUUAACAUCAGUAAUAUACAUUCUACACCUUCAUUUGUAGGCUGUCUUCAGGAUAUUGAAAUAGACUUGAGUGUUAUUACUCCAGAGAAUGCAUCACCUGAAUCCUCUUUAAACGUCGAGACAGGAUGCAGGAAGAAGGACUGGUGUGAAAACCACCCCUGCCAGAACAGGGGCCGCUGUUCCAACCUGUGGCUGAGUUACCACUGUGACUGCUACCGGCCGUACGCGGGGCCGAGCUGCAGAGCAGAGUAUAUUCCAGGUCGAUUUGGAUCUGAGGACUCCUCAGGCUAUGCUGCUUUUUCUGUUGGUGCUACUGAGAAUGAAAAUCUGAAUAUAUCAAUGUUUGUCCGAACUCGCAAAUCUUCUGGCUUGUUACUGGCUUUGAGAAACAGUACCUGUCUCUAUGUAAGAGUCUACUUGGAAGAUGGGAAACUCACAAUGUUAGCUCCAAAUUCCAUGAAGCUAUUAGGGAAACAUCCUAUAAAUGAUGGAAAUUUCUACCUAAUAACAUUAAAAAUAGAACCAAAUAUGUUGGAAUUAUUCCAAUCCUCUCAAUACUUAGGCUUUAUUUCUACUCCACUACUAACCACCCAAAGUAAGGACUUUCUUUACAUCGGAGGCCUACCAGAUAACAGAGAAACUGAUAGAAAUGGUGGGUAUUUCAAAGGCUGCAUCCAGGAUGUAAGAGCGAAUAACCAGCCGCUGGAAUUCUUCCCCCUCACCAAUUCACUGAAUUCUUUUAUCAACCGAACCCUGAUCAACGUCACCCAAGGCUGCAGUGGUGACAAUCUCUGCAAGUCCAGUCCUUGCCACAAUGGUGGUGUAUGCUAUUCAAUCUGGGAUGACUUCACUUGCACAUGCCCCCCUAACACCGCAGGAAAAGCUUGUGAGGAAGUUAAGUGGUGUGAGCUUGGUCCCUGCCCUCAUGAAGCACAAUGCAAGCUGGUGCACCAAGGAUUUGAAUGUCUCACUAAUGCAGUGUUUAGCGGCCGAAGCAGCGCUAUAUUUUACAGAAGCAACGGGAAAAUCAGCAGAAGCCUCACCAAUAUCGUGUUUGGCUUUCGAACUAGGGACACAAAUGUGAUACUGCUGUAUGCGGAGAAGGAGCCUGAAUUUGUUAUCAUCAGCAUUCACAACUCCAAACUGGUCUUCCAACUGCAAAGUGGCAACAACUUUUACAUGUUGACUCUCACUAGCUCAUUGACUGUGAGUGAUGGGAAGUGGCACCAAGUAAUGGUCUCCAUGCUGGAGCCCCUGUCUCAGUUCUCAAGGUGGCACAUGAACCUUGACAACAAGGACACUGCAACCAGUACAGCUGCUACAGGAAGUCUCAACUUUCUACGAGAGGAGGCAGAUAUCCAUGUGGCUGACAAGGCUUUUGACAAUUUGGAUGGCCUGCAAGGAUGCAUGAGCACCAUAGAGAUUAGUGGAAUUUAUCUCUCCUACUUUGAAAAUGCUGAUGUCCUGACUAAAAAACCUCAAGAGGAACAAUUUCUCAAAAUAUCUGCAAACCCUGUUCUUACGGGCUGCUUGCAGGAGGAUGCCUGCAGCUCAGAGCCCUGUAUGCACAGGGGGAGAUGUGAAGACUUGUACACCUCCUAUCGCUGCAUGUGUCCCCCGGGGUGGGCAGGCACCCAUUGCGAGACCAACAUCGACGAGUGCUUCUCCAACCCCUGCAUUCAUGGAAACUGCACGGAUGGGAUCAGCUCUUAUGAGUGUGUCUGUGAACCCGGCUACACAGGGUUGAACUGUGAAGAGGACAUAGACUACUGCCGUGGCCACCAGUGUGCAAAUGGGGCCACCUGCAUAGAUGGGAUUAAUGGAUAUUCAUGUCUGUGUGCUGGUAACUUUACUGGAAAGCUUUGCAGGUAUCGAAGAUUACCCUAUACAGUUUGUGGGAAUGAAGACAGAAAUCUCACCUGUUACAAUUAUGGCAACUGUACUGAUCUUGGAGGCAAGCUGGCCUGCAUGUGCCUGCCAGGAUUUGUAGGAGAACGGUGUGAAAAGGACAUUGAUGAGUGCAGCUCUGAUCCAUGCCUGAAUGGAGGCCUCUGCCAGAACCUGCUCAACAAAUUCCACUGCCUCUGCGACGUGAACUAUGCUGGGGACCGCUGUGAGAUCGAUUUGACAACUGACUUGAUCUCCAACAUAUUCACCUCCCUUGGCUCAGUAACGCUGGCUUUAUUGAUCCUCUUCUUGGCAGUUGUGGUUUCAGUCAUUGCUGCCAAUAAAAGGUCGACCCAAGGAACCUACAGCCCCAGCCGGCAGGAGAAGGACGGCGCCCGCGUUGAGAUGUGGAGCAUUGUACAGCCACCGCCAGUAGAGAGACUCAUUUAGGGGAAGGCUCUCCUCCAUCUUGGAAGAUGAAUGGAAGUGGACAAUGUACACAAGAUAGAUAUGUUCAUUUGCAUUCUACUACUGGGAGCACCUGUUGUAAAAACUACAGUGACUUGGAACUUUGAAUAAUUUCCUUUUAAGUUCAGUAACAUUUAAAAUGUUCUAGCAUUUAAGUGAACCAAUGCCAUUUAUCACUAUUUUGGGACAUUUUUUCAAAGGACAAUUUUUAUUUGCACUGGAAACUUCCGCCUUGGUAAUCUGCAGUAGGCAUUACAGACAGUAAUGGCUUCUGUGAAACUCGUAAGUGCCUGUCUCAGACUCAAAAUGAGGAACAGUUUCUUGUUUGUGUUUUGCUUUGCCUGCCUAGCAAUCACUGCUGCAGAAGACAAUGCAGACCCUAAUCAAUAAAGUCAUAAUUUUGUUCUUAAAGGGUUUAUCACCAUAACUGUGUUUCAACAUAUAUGUUGAUCAGGGAUUAAAAGGAAGCUUGCAAAAACUCUCCAAAAUAAGUGUUUCCCAUUUGGUUGGUUUUCUUUCCUUCAAUUCUAUCAUUUUCUCUGCUGCCACUCUACCUUCUGCUGAAAAGAAUUUCACUUAACCUCUCUGACAAAUCCAUGUUUCUCUGAAUAUAAAGGGUAUCUCUUAAAAUAUCCAGCAGACAGAAUCUGACCUUACAGAGGACAUAAAACCAAAACAUCCUAAACAAAUUCUGCAAAUCUAAAUACUGCCAUUUUCCCAUUAUGAUAUUACUUGAUGCGUCAUUUUAUAAAAUGAUUGUAUCUCAUCUUGCCAACAUCCUUUGGCUGCCAAAAAGGCAAGUGUGCUCAAAAAGUUUUCCAAAGCUUACAGAAAAUACAAGCAGCAGCUUAUAGGCAACACACUUACUUAGAAAUGAAAGAGUGACUCAGCUCUGAAAACAGCCUUGGUGAUUCUCAUGGAGUUCAGACUUUCAUGUUAACAAGGGAAAAUAAAUUUUUGUGCCUGAACGUUCCUCUUUUGAGACAGCAAUAAUACCACUGUAAUCCUUGGUAGCAAAAUGAUUACAACUGCUUGUUGAAAAAGAAACAAAUAUGUAAAAAGGAGUGGAAUAACUGCAAAUGUUUGGAAAAUAUAUUGUAAUGAAAGAGUCUUGAAAAUCUUCAAGAGCAUUUAAUGAUUCGUGGUAGAGAGGAAAGAAUGUGCCAAAAAUACAAUCAGGUUAAGGUUUUCCUGAUCUGUAGAGGCAGAUAACAGUAACUCAUCCAGCCAACUUUCACAUGUAGUGAAAAAAUUAAAGCAAUAAGACAUGGCUCCCACACAAAUUGAGCCAACAAUGAAGAAGCAACAGAGUGGAAACUUCUUUAUGGAAUUUGUCCUUUCUGCAGCUCAGGUUAUCUGUUCCUGCCAUUAUAAAACAUUCCAGGAGUUGCAUAAUAGAGCACACAUACUCAGCAUCCAAGAGUUUAAGUGAUUGUUUUAACUAAUGAUCAACUCAUAAUACAUUUUGAAUCAACCUCUCUGGGGACUACAGAAUAUCAAUGUCAAUCACAUUUACUUCCUUAUUAGCUCUGAUCAGUAACUCUGACAAUAAGCACAUUCUGGAUUUCUGCAGUCUUUCAAAACAAGGCACUAUAGUAAAAUGAGAGUGGAUGGUGGGAUUCAAAUUGAGUGAGAAGAACAGGGUGCUAAGGUUGGAAUGACAUGACAGCAUGAAUGCACAACAGAUUUUACUUGAGUCCAGUUUACAGCUUUACUAUUGAAGCUUAUGAUUUUGAAUGCAAGCACUGCUGUAUAACUGCAGUUUAAAUCCACAGUGCAAAUAGCAACUAAGUAAAGAAAGAAAGUCAACAAAAGUUAACAAAAUAGUUUAUAAGUUAACAAAAAAUAUCAUGGUAAAAGAGAGAGAUUCAAGGAAGUUCUUUUGAAAUAUGGCGUUAUAUAAGAAUGGCUGCAAAUCUUUUAGUCAAAAAUCAGCCCAGCAUUUUCCCACUACUAAGGAAUAAUAAGGAAUGCUAUAAAGUUUGUGCAGCAUUAUCAUUUCUUGAAGUGGAUAUAUAUUUGAAAAAAGAAGAGCUGGACUCUAAGAGUAUACAACAAGAAAGACAGCAAAGAACUAUGUUUGAGGAUGUGUAGUGAAGCGGGAAUAUUUUGUACAGAUACUUACACGUGUGAUUGAAGCUCACCAAAAAAAGCUACAAGGGAUACAAAGUCAAAGCAACUUUCCAGAUGGUGAAGAUGCAUCAUAAGCUGUGGGAACAAGAGUGUGAAAAAGAAGGGGAAAAAAGAGAUGGAAGGGUCUGAGGAGAGAGCGCUUGGAAAGUGAGGGGGAAUCUAGAAGUAGGAAUUGGGAGCAAAGAGCAGCAGUGGCUUUGGAACAGUAAGGCAGAUGCACAGAAUGUGCUUCCACAUAUUUGCUUUAUAUUCCUGAAUUUCUGUUCAAUGAUAAUGGCUGUAUAGGCUAAAAGGAGGAAAAAAAAUGAUAAAGAUUUUCAAGUGAAUAGCAGAGAUGGGAAAAGAAAAUAGAAGUGAAAGCAGUGGAGGGAUGUAAUGAAGAUCUAACUUUGAAAUCAACCCUUCUUUGAGCAGGAGGUUAGAGUAGAUGACCUCAAGAGGCUUCUUCCAGCCUAAAUUGUUACACAAUUCAAAGAAAAAGGACAACAGAGAGAAAGCAGCUGAAGAUGGAGGUCAGUCUGCAUGAAGAGCUAAUGUGAAGGAAAGCGUUAUUGUUCACAGUGAAAGACACAGCAAGGAGGAGGAAGUGGCUGGAAACUCAUUCUGCUCUGCUCAGUGGAUGGACUUUCUGGAUGAAAUCUUGAAAACAGUGGGAAAACAAUCUGUAAUAACACAUUCAGGAAAGCGUUAUCACACAGAGAAUCUCCAGGGCUGAGAAAGAUACGCAGCAAAGGGUACAGGGAGGGGAAGAGAAGGAAGAUGAAAGCCUGAAGAGUUUUCAUAAAGACCAAAGAGAGUUCUGGAGAAAUACAUUACAAAAGAAUUUAAAAAGCACAAAAAUUGGAAAAUUCUCACCGUGGAACAUGAACGUGGUUUGUAGAAGGAAAAUCAAGAAGGGAGAAAGCAAGAGGAAAAACCCUUAAACUAGGAUUUGAAUAAGUCAGGUGUGACUGACGUCUGUCUCAGUGGAGGGGAAAUAGUGAAAAUGGGAAUGAUGAAAAUUUUUGCAGAAGUAAGAGGAAAAAGGGAAUGAAAGCAGAUGACACUUGAGGAAAGUGAAGGCAAAAGCUGGAUCACAGUCUUUCCAGUACAACAAGGGUAAAGCUGGGCGUUCGUUACAGUGAGGUCAUGGAAGAGGGAUGGAGAGGUUGAUGGAGAGUCAGGAAAUGAGAUCUACCCAGUAAGGCAGAUCUAUGUAGGAUAAAUUAGAAGGAGUGACUUCUAUUGAAAGUGGAAAUUAAAAUGUGAAAUUAAUUGUUAUUUAUGAUCUUAAGAGAAACAAACAAGAAAAAGCCCCAGCAGCACAAAUUCUGUUCUAAAUGUACUUUUUGAAAAACUGAAUUAGAGAACAGCACUCCAAGAAGGGCAGGGAGUCAGACUCUGCAGUUGGAAAAGUCUCACAGCACCUGGAGAAGCAGAAAAAAAAUCCCAAAGCUGUGGCUACUUAGCAAGCUGGAGUGACAACAGUGAAAAAGCCUGACCCUUUUGGGCCACAUUUCAGCCAAGAAACAACAGUUAAAACAAAGGGGAAUAUACCACAGAGAGUGUCUAAUAGAAUUUUUGCUGAAAUUUCAACCAAGGAUUAAGCAGGUGCCAAGCUAUUUACUGCUUCUCAGUCUGGGUGUAUAUUAAAAUACAUAGUGAAGCACACAAGGAGGAGCAAUAACAUCUAAGAGUCAUUGAGAGCACCUGCAACUCCACAUAAAGACCUAAAGUAUUUCGAGAUUUUCUAAAUAUCUCUAUUUGAUUCAAAAGGCAUAAGUAAAAGAACUUGUUCAUAAUCACUUGCAGCCUAUCCAUUCAGGAAACAAAUGCAUAACAUGGUCCCAAACCUUACACAUUUUAAUUUUCUCUUUAUGUCUACCAGUCUUUUGUAAAGGAAAAGGUGCUAAAUUAAAGCAUGUGACCUGCUCUGUGCCAUGUCCCUCUGAAGAUGCACAGAAGCAUGGAGAGAAUUAAGCAACUGACUCCUCCCUUCUUUCACAGUCCCUCCUGUUUCCUCUUCAAAAGCUGUGACACCCAGCCUGUGAAGCAGCAAGGAGAGCCUUCAGACAGUUAGAGGAAAGUUUAUGUUAGAAAGAAUAUAAAUACUGUGGCUGCAAUUUGGCCAGCUACAAAUGAUCACUGUGUAUUAUUAUGUUAUGUGCCUUCUCUCCAUUUUAUGUAAAAUUAACUGUUCCUUCUCCACGUGUACAUAGUAUAUUUAUAGCUUAGGUGGUGUAUAUUACUACGUUCUGUGUACAAUAUAAAAAUGACUAAUAAAUAAGGAUUAUAUUGA